AUUUGUUGACUCGAGUUACCAGGAAGAGAAAUACCAAACGGAUAUUUAAGCUGUUAGUCGUUUCAGAUUAGUUACACUGGGCGAUACUUGUAGAGAGGCUAAAUCUGUGCUGCUAAUUGGUACAUUUUGUUGAUUCAUACUCAGGAGGAUAUCUACGUUAAACUGGUGACUGAUUCUUUACAGGAUAUAACUUGAACAAUAGAGACAUUUAACCACUACAAUAGACUUCAAGCCCCAGAGGCUUUGAUAAACAAGCCCUUUGAUUGGACCCUUCAGCUUUCAUCAUGCCUGCUUUUAACCCGACAGAUAAACAGGGAGGAAAAGCUUUUGGUGAGUACAUGGCAAAAUGGGAGGCUCAAUUGGAUGAGAUCAACAAGGAAUUUUUAAAUGAUGAGUUUUUCAAUGAUGACGAGGAGCUUUCAUUCAAAUUACAAGAGUAUAAAGCCAAAUUUAUUGAAUGUGACCAAGAUUUAUCUGGUGACUUAGAUGUUAUGGAUGUGAAAUAUCUGCUCCAGAAAUUAGGUCAAGCUAAGACCCACCUGGAGGUGAUAAGUAUGAUCAAAGAGGUCGACUCAACACACAAAGAUGCAAUCAACUACAGAGACUUUGUUAGGAUGAUGCUGGGACCAAAAUCUUCAAUACUCAAAAUUAUUCUUCUGUUUGAAGGACUCGGCAAACCAAAAGAAAAACCAAAAGGGCCUCCACCAAAACGAGAUCUGGCCAGUCUGCCCUGAAUUCCCAGCACGAAACUUUUGUUACCAGUAUUACAGUCAGACUUGGUUUGUUCAAACUAUUGUAUGAUGAUAUCUGUUUACAAGUAUUUGCUCAAAAAAACAAACUCAAACAUUGGAAAAGUUGACACGACUUUUCACUUACUUUUGACUAUUUCAUUUAGCAGCAAAAUUGAUCAAAUAUUGUUUGUAACUUUACUUAUGAUAUAGAAAGUAAUAGAUUACUUAUGAUAUAGAAAAUAACAUAUUACUGAUGAUAUAGAAAAUAACAGAUUUUAGUUAAAACAAUGAGAAACUUGUUAUUUUCAAUAGAACUAAUUGGGCUGCUAUUUUUUUUCUAUUUAGGACAACAAUUUUAUCAUAAAAAUGUUCUGUUGUAUUCAGUUAAACUUUAUUAUAGAUGCUUAGAAUUUUUAACAAUUAAGAAUAUGUUCUAAUUUAAAUGACAUGAUAUUUAUUUAGCACACUUUACUGUAAGUCUAUUUAUUGAUCUUAAAAACUAUGAUACAAAAUAGUCACAUUGAUAUUUGAAAAUGUCUAGUAUGAAUGGAAUGUCAUAUGCAUGAUCUCUAACAGAAAUGUAAUUGUAAUGAAACUGUAAUGUAAUAGUAAUGACUGAUUGUAUUGUUUCACAUAAUAAUGAAAUUAGUGUGAAAGUUUUUAGUUAAUAGUAGAAUAUACCAAUGGAACCUUUCUGCGUUUUCAUUUGAAUUGAUGUUGAAAAUGUAAAUGUAUAAUUAUAACUUUUUUCUAGUAUGUACCAAAUGUUAUUGAUUUGAUCUUUAGUACUCAUUAGUUUCAUGUCAUACUUUUGACAAUCAAAAUGACUUUAUUUUUUAUGACUUUAUUUACUGCUUGUUAAACAUGUUUUGUUUUUUCUUCAAUAAAAAUAUGUGUUUAAUUUC